CACGCAGAAAAAGUGAGAGAACAGAGCUGUUUGUUUUCUUUAGUCUGCCAAAACACAAAUAUACUUGCCAAAUUGGCCCGAUGGCAACCACAGAGCUCUACACGAAGGGGGCAUGUGUGUGGGUGCCGGAUCCAGAAGCAGUGUGGGUGUCUGCUCAGCUUCUUCGAGAAUAUCGUCCUGGAGACCAGCAGAUCCUGAUCCAACACGCUGACGGCACGGAGACGGAGUAUCCGGUGAUGCCUCCCUCGAGUCUUCCUCCUCUUGGAAACCCUGAUAUUUUAGAGGGAGAGAAUGACCUCACGGCUCUGACUUUUCUCCAUGAGCCAGCUGUACUUCACAACUUGCGAGUGCGCUUUCUCGACUACAGUAGCAUUUACACCUACUGUGGAAUUGUGUUGGUGGCCCUAAAUCCUUAUGAACAGCUGCCCAUCUAUGGAGAGGAGGUCAUUGAUGCAUACAGUGGGCAGGACAUGGCUGAUAUGGAACCUCAUAUAUUUUCUGUUGCCGAGGAUGCGUACCGUACCAUGAUCAGGGAGGAAAAAAAUCAGUCCAUCAUAAUCAGCGGAGAGUCAGGUUCAGGGAAAACAGUAUCUGCCAAGUUUACAAUGCGUUACUUUGCUGUUGUGGGUGGUGCGACCCAGCAAACCAGCGUGGAGGAGAAAGUUCUGGCAUCUAAUCCCAUCAUGGAGGCCAUUGGUAAUGCAAAAACAACCCGAAACGACAACAGCAGCCGUUUUGGAAAGUAUAUUGAGAUAGGAUUUGGGCACAAAGGGGAUAUCAUUGGAGCAAAUAUGAGAACGUAUUUGUUGGAAAAAUCUAGAGUUGUUUUUCAGGCAGCUGAAGAGAGAAACUACCACAUUUUCUAUCAGCUUUGUGCCUCCAAGGAUUUGCCCGAGUUUAGGUCACUAAAACUUGAUUCUGCGGAGAACUUCCGUUACACCAACCAAGGGCGAAAUUUACACAUUCCAGACACAGAUGAUGCUGUUGAACUAGAACGCACAAGAAAUGCUUUUACUAUACUGGGAGUGCAGCCUGACCAGCAGAUGGAAAUAUUUCACGUAAUGGCGGCGAUUCUUCAUCUUGGGAACGUCAAUAUACAAGCCAGUGGUCGUGGCGGAGAACGCAGCUACGUUGACGCCCAUGACCGUUCUCUGGCCAUCUUUGCCAAGCUUUUGGGAGUGGAAGGUGCUCAGAUGGCACAAUGGCUGUGCCACAGGCGAUUGGCGGUGGGUGGGGAGAUGCUGGUGAAGCCCAUGACCGGACAACAGGCUAUCGAGGCACGAGACGCUUUGGGCAAACAUAUGUAUGAGCAACUGUUCACGUGGACCGUACAGAGGCUCAACUCAUCUUUAAGAGCACACAGGCAACAGCCCAAGUCCUAUAUAGGUGUUCUUGAUAUAUACGGGUUUGAAACGUUUCACAGGAAUAGUUUUGAACAAUUCUGUAUAAACUACGCCAAUGAGAAGCUACAGCAGCAGUUCAACAGGCAUGUGUUUCAGUUGGAGCAGGAAGAAUAUCUACGUGAGCAACUUCCCUGGAACCGCAUCGAGUUUAGUGAUAACCAGCCGUGUAUUGCUCUCAUCGAAGGUCAGCUGGGUCUACUUGAUCUUCUGGAUGAAGAGUGCAAAAUGCCAAAAGGCUCAGAUGAGAACUGGGCUCAGAAGCUUUAUGAUCAGCACCUGAACCACAGCGCACAUUUUCGGAAACCGCGCAUGUCUAACAACGCCUUCAUCGUUCUGCACUUUGCUGAUAUGGUCCAGUAUGAGUGUGACGGCUUUUUAGACAAGAACCGAGACACUGCAUUUGAAGAGCCCAUUAACAUUUUAAGAGCCAGUCAGUCAGAGCUGGUCGCUGAACUGUUCCAGAAAGAGCCGGCAGGAGAGGUCUUGCCCAACUCUUCUCUACCGAACGGAAGUCUGCGCUCAGGGAAAAGAGCUCACCGUGAGCACAAACUUACCGUCGGCUUUCAGGUCGGAGUUUUUACUUCAUAUUCAUGCCUUUCCGUCCAGUUUCGGCAGUCUCUGCAGCUCCUGAUGGAAACCCUGAACAGCACCACCCCACAUUACGUCCGCUGCAUAAAACCCAACGACCUCAAACAGCCCUUCCUAUUCGACCCCAAGCGGGCGGUGCAGCAGUUGCGAGCAUGUGGAGUCUUGGAGACGAUCCGCAUCAGCGCUGCAGGAUACCCCUCCAGGUGGACGUACGAGGAGUUUUUCACCCGUUACCGUGUUCUGCUGCAUGGGUCGCUUUCCACGGAUGACCUAAGGCGCUCUUGCCAGAGAACUCUUUCUGACCUCAUCCCUGACCCGGAGCAGUACUGCUUCGGCAAGACCAAGGUCUUCUUCCGGGCCGGGCAGGUUGCAGUGCUGGAGAAGCUGAGAGGGGAUAAACUGCAUGCGGCGGGGGUUUUGAUCCAGAGCUGGGUGAGAGGCUGGCUUCAGCGUAAGCAGUAUCAGAAGCUCCGAUGGGCUGCUCUUAUUGUGCAGCGAUAUACUAGGGGAACCCUGGCUCGCAGGUUGGCGUGGAGUCUUCGUUACACCCGAGCUGCUUUAAUCAUCCAGAAGACCUACCGCAUGCUUGCUGUUCGACAGCUUUAUCUGACCAUAAGAGAGGCCGCCAUUAAGAUCCAGUCCUUUAUCAGAGGCACCCAGGCCCGACGUAUUUACAGACAGAUGCUGGUAGAGCAGGCAGUAGUUUUCUUGCAGGCGCGGGUGCGAGGAUGGCUGGCCCGAUGCAGGUUCAGGCACAUUAGAGGUGCGGUGGUGUACCUGCAGUGCUGCGUGCGCAGGUGGGCGGCCCGUAAAGAGCUGCGGCAAUUACGUGCUGAGGCGCGAUCGGUGGAGAAAUACAGAGAACUGAACAAAGGCAUGGAGGUCAAACUCAUGCAGCUACAGCUCAGAGCCGAUCAACAGGCGAGAGAGAGCGCGUCUCUGAGGGAGACCCUAAAGGCCGAGCGAGAAGCUUACAGCACUGAACUGGAACAGCUACGCUCCAGCCUUCAGAAACUCCAGACCCAACUGCGGGAGAACGUCAUCGCAGCGCCCUUGAUCACAGAGAAGAAGGAGGAAGAGAGGAGGAGAGCAGAGGAAAGACAUGCUCAAGAGAUCCUCCACCUUAAACAGGAAAUCGAGGCCAUCCGAGAUAAGAGAGAUGCCUUGGAGAAAGAGAAGGAUGAUCUUGCCAUUCGUUUACAAGAACAGGAGAAAUCACGGCAGGAGACACAUCAGCAGACUGUGGAUGAGGCAGAUGCAUCGGUGCGGGCAGAGCUGGAGGAGGAGAGGAGGAGAUAUCAGAGUUUACUCAGAGAGUUUACAAGACUGGAGCAAAGAUAUGACAACCUGAGAGAUAUGAGCAUGUUUAGCAACAAUGAGCGUUCACGUGGACACAGGCGAACAGAUUCCAGCGUGUCCUUGGAGGCCCUUUCACCGGUCUCCACGCCCUUCUCGAGCUCACCCAUCUUCCCAUCGCCCGAGGAGGUGAGGAGAGUCAGCGUGACAUCACCUACUGACAGGAGACCCUGGAGCUCCGAACAACCCAUGGAUGUCCUAAUGGAGAAUGUGGGCGUGGCCAAGGACACGGCAGAGAAGAUGAAGGGAGAAGAUCUCAAACACGCCUAUGACGCUGUUCGAGUGGCCAACAAGUUUUUAGAGACGCAGCUGUUGUCUCAGAGAGCACAAUGGGAGGAAGAGAUAUCUGCCCUCAGAAUGAAACCUCAUGAGGCUCGAGACAGAGGAGAUACAGCUGGAGAUGCUGAGAUAAAGGACCUGGCAGAGCAGGUGGCGGUGAGAGAUCAGGAAUGUUCUCGACUACGACGUGAACUUAAAGAACUCAAACACACUGUGACGCUCAGGAGAAUUUUAUCAUACGCAGGUCUGUGUCUGGCCAUGGUAGAAUCUCAGGAUCCAUCUCCAGCCCCUGAGAAGAACCAGAUGCUCACCGGACUGCUGGAGUGCAGGAAGAAAGAUGAAAACAAACUCAUCAAAAACCUGAUAACAGAUGUACGGGUGGAGGUCGGACUAUCUUUGCCGUCCGGGCUGGCGGCGAGGGUUCUGUUCCUGUGCAUACGACAGGUAGACUGUAGUGGCGAUCAGACGCGAGUCAAGGGGCUUUGUGUUGCUUCUGUGGGCGGCAUUAAAAACGGCUUGAAGAAACAUGGCAAUGAUUUGGACAUGACUGCUAUGUGGCUGAAGAACGCUUACCUGCUCAAAGAUCUGCUCCAGCAGCACUCCCCUCGAAAGGAUAUGAAGGGCUCAGAGGAGCUGGUGCCUCUCGUGACAGAUGUUCAGGAGUCUGUCCGAGCGUUGAGUGAUCUUUGUAUUCAGGCAUAUCAGCAACUGUUGUCCAUCUCAGAGAGUCGCCUUCAACCCAUCAUUGUACCUGCCAUGCUUGAAAGUGAGACUAUCUCUGGUCUGUCUGGAUCAUCAGUAAAGAUGAGCAGCGGUCGCAAGCGUGCAGCAUCAGAUCCCCGCGCUCCUGCAGAAGGGGCUAGUAUGUCGGCAGUUCUGAGGGAACUGGGAGCAUUACACACCGCACUGUCCCGUCAGGAUCUGCCUUCGGGCCUCCUAGAACAAGCCUUCCAUCAGCUUAUCUACUUGCUGGCCGCCACCACCCUCAACAGCCUGCUGCUGCGCAAGGACAUGUGCUGCUGGAACCGUGGCCUUCAGAUCAGGUAUAAUGUGAGUUUGCUGGAGGAGUGGCUGCGCAGUCGUUCACUGCAGACAGGGGGUGCUGUGACCGCUCUCGAACCCUUGAUACAAGUGGCUCAGCUUCUUCAAAUGGGUAAAAAGACUGAAGCUGAUGGACAAGCAAUGGUCAAAACCUGCAACGCACUGACCAACCAGCAGAUUGUGAAGAUUUUGAGCCUGUAUACUCCUCAGAGUGAUACUGAAGAAAGGGUGACGCUAAACUUCAUUCGUAUAGUACAGGGGCUGCUGAAAGUGCGGUCUGAAGGGCAACCUCCACAGCUUCUGAGGGAUGUCCGGAGGGUUUUCCCUGUCACCUUCCCUUAUCAGAAGCCAGCACCAGUCAGCGCCGCCCAGCUCAAAAUCCCAGAAUCCCUCAAGAUCUCAUUCCUACGCCGAAUCUGAGGACAUUCGUCUGCUGUAGAACUUCAAUUUUUUUAUUUAGUCUCCCUAAUAACUUUACUUAAAAUACUUAAAUAAGAAUGAGAUGUUAGUUGAGGUUUUUAUAAAGGAAUGCAAGACGCUUUCUAAUAACAUUUAAAAGAAAAUUGUUAGUAGGAAUAGAAAUAGUACAUUUGAAAUCAAGUUUAUUUAAUAAA